UUCCCGAGCACCGCUCCGCCCCCGGAGGGAGAGAGACCGAGAGAGCGCCCGCGGCCGAGGAGCCGAGGAGGCCCGCCGAGUCCCGCCAGCCAGAGGCGCGAGAGAAGUUGAGAGCAGCGCACCGCGCAGCGCAGAGCCGCGAGUCCCGCGAUCGCGCCCCGACAGCGCCUCCAGCCCGAGCCCAGCCCGCCGCCCCCAGCCAGACCCCAGCCGGCAGCGCAGCCCCCGCCCCAGCCGGCGCCGGAAUGAUGAACAACAGCGGUUACUCCGAGGCCGCGGGCCUCGGCCUGGGCGACGAGGUGGACGACAUGCCCUCUACAGAGAAGGACCUGGCCGAGGACGCGCCGUGGAAGAAGAUCCAGCAGAACACGUUCACUCGCUGGUGCAAUGAGCACCUCAAGUGCGUGGGCAAGCGCCUGACCGACCUGCAGCGAGACCUCAGCGACGGGCUGCGCCUCAUCGCGCUGCUCGAGGUGCUCAGCCAGAAGCGCAUGUACCGCAAGUUUCACCCGCGCCCCAACUUCCGCCAGAUGAAGCUGGAGAACGUGUCCGUGGCCCUCGAGUUCCUCGAGCGCGAGCAUAUCAAGCUCGUGUCCAUCGACAGCAAGGCCAUCGUGGAUGGGAACCUGAAGCUGAUCCUGGGCCUGAUCUGGACCCUGAUCCUGCACUACUCCAUCUCCAUGCCCAUGUGGGAGGAUGAGGACGACGAGGAUGCUCGCAAGCAGACGCCCAAGCAGAGGCUGCUCGGCUGGAUCCAGAACAAGGUGCCCCAGCUGCCCAUCACCAACUUCAACCGUGACUGGCAGGACGGCAAAGCUCUGGGCGCCCUGGUGGACAACUGCGCCCCUGGCCUCUGCCCCGACUGGGAGGCCUGGGACCCCAACCAGCCUGUGGAGAACGCCCGGGAGGCCAUGCAGCAGGCAGACGACUGGCUCGGGGUGCCCCAGGUGAUCGCGCCCGAGGAGAUUGUGGACCCCAAUGUGGAUGAGCACUCUGUCAUGACCUACCUGUCCCAGUUCCCCAAGGCCAAACUCAAACCCGGUGCCCCUGUUCGCUCCAAGCAGCUGAACCCCAAGAAGGCCAUCGCCUACGGGCCUGGCAUCGAGCCCCAGGGCAACACCGUGCUACAGCCGGCGCACUUCACCGUGCAGACCGUGGAUGCCGGCGUGGGCGAGGUGCUGGUCUACAUCGAGGAUCCCGAGGGCCACACCGAGGAGGCCAAGGUGGUUCCCAACAACGACAAGGACCGCACCUACGCUGUCUCCUACGUGCCCAAGGUCGCGGGCUUGCACAAGGUGACCGUGCUCUUUGCUGGCCAGAACAUCGAACGCAGCCCCUUUGAGGUGAACGUGGGCAUGGCGCUGGGGGAUGCCAACAAGGUGUCAGCCCGUGGUCCUGGCCUAGAGCCUGUGGGCAACGUGGCCAACAAACCCACCUACUUUGACAUCUACACUGCGGGGGCCGGCACUGGUGAUGUUGCCGUGGUGAUCGUGGACCCGCAGGGCCGGCGGGACACAGUGGAGGUGGCCCUGGAGGACAAGGGCGACAGCACGUUCCGUUGCACAUACAGGCCUGUGAUGGAGGGGCCCCACACAGUGCAUGUGGCCUUCGCUGGCGCCCCCAUCACCCGCAGCCCUUUCCCCGUCCACGUGGCAGAAGAGCCCUUGCCGCCGCUCGCCCCCUCCGUGCCCAUCGUCCACCAGGCCAAGAGAGUGGUGCCACCCUGUAACCCCAAUGCCUGCCGCGCCUCUGGGCGGGGCUUGCAGCCCAAGGGCGUGCGCGUCAAAGAGGUGGCUGACUUCAAGGUGUUCACCAAGGGUGCUGGCAGCGGAGAGCUCAAGGUCACCGUCAAGGGACCGAAGGGCACAGAGGAGCCGGUGAAGGUGCGCGACGCUGGGGAUGGUGUGUUCGAGUGUGAGUACUACCCCGUGGUGCCUGGCAAGUACGUGGUGACCAUCACGUGGGGCGGCUAUGCCAUCCCCCGCAGCCCCUUUGAGGUACAGGUGAGCCCCGAGGCAGGAAUGCAGAAGGUGCGGGCCUGGGGUCCCGGUUUGGAAACCGGGCAGGUGGGCAAGUCGGCCGACUUCGUGGUGGAGGCCAUUGGCACGGAGGUGGGGACCCUGGGCUUCUCCAUUGAGGGGCCUUCCCAGGCCAAGAUCGAGUGUGACGACAAGGGCGAUGGCUCCUGUGAUGUGCGGUACUGGCCCACAGAGCCCGGAGAGUACGCCGUGCACGUCAUCUGCGAUGACGAGGACAUCCGCGACUCGCCCUUCAUUGCCCACAUCCAGCCAGCGCCACCCGACUGCUUCCCGGACAAGGUGGGGUCCCAGCUCCAGCACACGGGCCUGGGAUGGGGUGAAUGCAGCCUCCUCCAGCCCCCAACCCAGCGCUCUGCUCUUGCCCCUGCACAGGUGAAGGCCUUUGGGCCCGGCCUGGAGCCCACUGGCUGCAUCGUGGACAAGCCUGCCGAGUUCACCAUUGAUGCCCGUGCAGCUGGCAAGGGAGACCUGAAGCUUUAUGCCCAGGACGCUGACGGCUGCCCCAUCGACAUCAAGGUCAUCCCCAACGGCGACGGCACCUUCCGCUGCUCCUACGUGCCCACCAAGCCCAUUAAGCACACCAUCAUCAUCUCCUGGGGAGGCGUCAAUGUGCCUAAGAGCCCCUUCCGGGUGAACGUGGGAGAGGGCAGUCAUCCCGAGCGGGUGAAGGUGUACGGUCCAGGCGUGGAGAAGACGGGCCUCAAGGCUAAUGAACCCACCUACUUCACGGUGGACUGCAGCGAGGCGGGGCAAGGCGACGUGAGCAUUGGUAUCAAGUGCGCCCCUGGCGUAGUGGGCCCCGCAGAGGCUGAUAUCGACUUUGACAUCAUCAAGAAUGACAAUGACACCUUCACAGUCAAGUACACACCCCCAGGGGCUGGCCGCUACACCAUCAUGGUGCUGUUUGCCAACCAGGAGAUCCCGGCCAGCCCCUUCCAUAUCAAGGUGGACCCAUCCCAUGAUGCCAGCAAGGUCAAGGCUGAGGGUCCUGGGCUGAACCGCACAGGUGUGGAGGUUGGAAAGCCCACUCACUUCACGGUGCUGACCAAGGGAGCCGGCAAGGCCAAGCUGGACGUGCACUUUGCUGGGGCCGCCAAGGGCGAAGCUGUGCGAGACUUUGAGAUCAUCGACAACCAUGACUACUCCUACACCGUCAAGUACACGGCCGUGCAGCAGGGCAACAUGGCAGUGACAGUGACCUAUGGUGGAGACCCUGUCCCCAAGAGCCCCUUUGUGGUGAAUGUGGCCCCCCCGCUGGACCUCAGCAAAGUCAAAGUUCAAGGGCUCAACAGCAAGGUGGCCGUGGGGCAAGAACAGGCGUUCUCCGUGAACACACGAGGGGCUGGUGGUCAGGGCCAGCUGGACGUGCGGAUGACCUCUCCCUCCCGACGACCCAUCCCCUGCAAGCUGGAACCCGGGGGUGGCGCUGACGCGCAGGCUGUGCGCUACAUGCCCCCCGAGGAGGGGCCCUACAAGGUGGACAUCACCUACGACGGCCACCCGGUACCUGGCAGUCCCUUUGCCGUGGAGGGUGUCCUGCCUCCCGACCCCUCCAAGGUUUGCGCUUACGGCCCUGGCCUUAAGGGCGGGCUGGUAGGCACGCCAGCGCCCUUCUCCAUCGACACCAAGGGGGCGGGCACAGGAGGCCUGGGGCUGACUGUGGAGGGCCCCUGCGAGGCCAAGAUCGAGUGCCAGGACAACGGUGAUGGCUCGUGUGCUGUCAGCUACCUGCCCACGGAGCCGGGCGAGUACACCAUCAACAUCCUGUUCGCCGAAGCCCAUAUCCCCGGCUCUCCCUUCAAGGCUACCAUCCGGCCUGUGUUCGACCCGAGCAAGGUGCGGGCCAGCGGGCCGGGCCUGGAGCGAGGCAAGGCUGGCGAGGCAGCCACCUUCACUGUGGACUGCUCAGAGGCGGGCGAGGCUGAGCUGACCAUCGAGAUCCUGUCGGACGCCGGGGUCAAGGCCGAGGUGCUGAUCCACAACAAUGCCGACGGCACCUACCACAUCACCUACAGCCCCGCCUUCCCUGGCACCUACACCAUCACCAUCAAGUACGGCGGGCACCCCGUACCCAAGUUUCCCACCCGUGUCCAUGUGCAGCCUGCUGUCGACACCAGCGGCGUCAAGGUCUCGGGGCCCGGGGUGGAGCCGCAUGGUGUCCUGCGUGAGGUGACCACCGAGUUCACUGUGGACGCAAGAUCCCUAACAGCCACGGGUGGCAACCACGUGACGGCGCGCGUGCUCAACCCCUCAGGCGCUAAGACAGACACCUACGUGACUGACAACGGGGACGGCACCUACCGGGUGCAGUACACAGCCUACGAAGAGGGCGUGCAUUUGGUGGAGGUGCUCUACGAUGACGUAGCUGUGCCCAAGAGCCCCUUCCGAGUGGGUGUGACGGAGGGCUGUGACCCCACCCGCGUCCGGGCCUUUGGGCCAGGCCUGGAGGGUGGCUUGGUUAACAAGGCCAACCGCUUCACUGUGGAAACCAGGGGAGCUGGAACCGGGGGCCUAGGUCUGGCCAUUGAGGGCCCCUCAGAAGCCAAGAUGUCCUGCAAGGACAACAAGGACGGAAGCUGCACGGUGGAGUACAUCCCCUUCACCCCUGGAGACUACGACGUCAACAUCACCUUCGGGGGCCGGCCCAUCCCAGGAAGCCCCUUCCGGGUGCCGGUGAAGGAUGUGGUGGACCCUGGGAAGGUGAAGUGCUCGGGCCCAGGGCUGGGAGCUGGUGUCAGAGCCCGGGUACCCCAGACCUUCACAGUGGACUGCAGCCAGGCCGGCCGGGCCCCCCUGCAGGUGGCCGUGCUCAGCCCCACAGGAGUGGCUGAGCCUGUGGAGGUGCGUGACAAUGGAGAUGGCACCCACACUGUCCACUACACCCCGGCCACUGAUGGGCCCUACACGGUAGCUGUCAAGUAUGCCGACCAGGAGGUGCCACGCAGCCCCUUCAAGAUCAAGGUACUUCCGGCCCAUGAUGCCAGCAAGGUGCGGGCCAGUGGCCCCGGCCUCAAUGCCUCCGGCAUCCCUGCCAGCCUGCCUGUGGAGUUCACCAUUGAUGCCCGGGACGCUGGCGAGGGCUUGCUCACUGUCCAGAUCCUGGAUCCUGAGGGUAAGCCCAAGAAGGCCAACAUCCGAGACAACGGGGAUGGCACCUACACCGUGUCCUACCUGCCAGACAUGAGCGGCCGGUACACCAUCACCAUCAAGUACGGCGGCGAUGAGAUCCCCUACUCGCCCUUCCGCAUCCACGCCCUGCCCACGGGGGACGCCAGCAAGUGCCUCGUCACAGUGUCUAUUGGUGGCCACGGCCUGGGUGCCUGCCUGGGCCCCCGCAUCCAGAUUGGGGAAGAGACGGUGAUCACAGUGGACGCCAAGGCAGCCGGCAAGGGGAAGGUGACGUGCACGGUGUCCACACCCGACGGGGCCGAGCUUGACGUGGACGUGGUCGAGAACCACGACGGGACCUUUGACAUUUACUACACGGCGCCCGAGCCGGGCAAAUACGUCAUCACCAUCCGCUUCGGAGGCGAGCACAUCCCCAACAGCCCCUUCCACGUGCUGGCCACAGAGGAGCCAGUGGUACCUGUGGAGUCGAUGGAGUCCAUGCUGAGACCCUUCAACCUGGUCAUUCCCUUCACUGUGCAGAAAGGGGAGCUCACAGGGGAGGUACGGAUGCCCUCUGGGAAGACCGCCCGGCCUAACAUCACUGACAACAAAGACGGCACGAUCACGGUGAGGUACGCGCCCACCGAGAAAGGCCUGCACCAGAUGGGGAUCAAGUAUGACGGCAACCACAUCCCUGGGAGCCCCCUGCAGUUCUACGUGGAUGCCAUCAACAGCCGCCAUGUCAGUGCCUACGGGCCAGGCCUGAGCCAUGGCAUGGUCAACAAGCCAGCCACCUUCACCAUCGUCACCAAGGAUGCUGGGGAAGGGGGGCUGUCCCUGGCCGUGGAAGGCCCAUCCAAGGCGGAGAUCACCUGCAAGGACAACAAGGAUGGCACCUGCACUGUGUCCUACCUCCCCACCGCACCUGGUGACUACAGCAUCAUUGUGCGCUUUGACGACAAGCACAUCCCAGGGAGCCCCUUCACGGCCAAGAUCACAGGUGAUGACUCAAUGAGGACAUCACAGCUGAAUGUGGGCACGUCCACGGAUGUGUCGCUGAAGAUCACUGAGAGUGACCUGAGCCAGCUGACCGCCAGCAUCCGUGCCCCCUCGGGCAACGAGGAGCCCUGCCUGCUGAAGCGCCUGCCCAACCGGCACAUUGGUAUCUCCUUCACCCCCAAGGAGGUUGGGGAGCACGUGGUGAGCGUGCGCAAGAGCGGCAAGCACGUCACCAACAGCCCCUUCAAGAUCCUGGUGGGGCCGUCUGAGAUUGGGGACGCUAGCAAGGUCCGGGUCUGGGGCAAGGGUCUGUCCGAGGGACAGACGUUCCAGGUGGCGGAGUUCAUCGUGGACACUCGGAACGCAGGCUACGGGGGCCUGGGGCUGAGCAUUGAAGGCCCAAGCAAGGUGGACAUCAACUGUGAGGAUAUGGAGGAUGGCACCUGCAAAGUCACCUACUGCCCCACCGAACCCGGCACCUACAUCAUCAACAUCAAGUUUGCCGACAAGCACGUACCUGGAAGCCCCUUCACGGUGAAGGUGACGGGCGAGGGCCGCAUGAAGGAGAGCAUCACGCGGCGCAGGCAGGCGCCUUCCAUCGCCACCAUCGGCAGCACCUGCGACCUCAACCUCAAGAUCCCAGGGAACUGGUUCCAGAUGGUGUCUGCCCAGGAGCGCCUGACACGUACCUUCACCCGCAGCAGCCACACGUACACCCGUACGGAGCGCACGGAGAUCAGCAAGACGCGGGGUGGGGAGACCAAGCGCGAGGUGCGGGUGGAGGAGUCCACUCAGGUUGGCGGAGACCCCUUCCCCGCCGUCUUCGGGGACUUCCUGGGCCGGGAACGUCUGGGCUCUUUCGGCAGCAUCACUCGGCAGCAAGAGGGUGAGGCCAGCUCUCAGGACAUGACCGCACAGGUGACCAGCCCCUCAGGCAAGACGGAGGCCGCGGAGAUCGUGGAGGGGGAGGACAGCGCGUACAGCGUGCGCUUCGUGCCCCAGGAGAUGGGGCCCCACACGGUCACCGUCAAGUACCGCGGCCAGCACGUGCCAGGCAGCCCCUUUCAGUUCACCGUGGGGCCACUGGGUGAAGGUGGUGCCCACAAGGUGCGGGCUGGAGGCACAGGGCUAGAGCGAGGGGUGGCCGGUGUGCCAGCCGAGUUCAGCAUCUGGACCCGAGAAGCUGGUGCCGGGGGCCUGUCUAUUGCUGUGGAGGGCCCCAGCAAGGCAGAGAUUGCAUUUGAGGACCGCAAAGAUGGCUCCUGCGGGGUCUCCUAUGUCGUCCAGGAACCAGGUGACUAUGAGGUCUCCAUCAAGUUCAAUGAUGAGCACAUCCCGGACAGCCCCUUUGUGGUGCCCGUGGCCUCCCUCUCGGAUGAUGCUCGCCGUCUUACUGUCACCAGCCUCCAGGAGACAGGGCUCAAGGUGAACCAGCCGGCGUCCUUUGCGGUGCAGCUGAACGGUGCUCGGGGUGUGAUCGAUGCCCGGGUGCACACGCCCUCGGGUGCCGUGGAGGAGUGCUACGUGUCCGAGCUGGACAGUGACAAGCACACCAUCCGCUUCAUCCCUCAUGAGAACGGCGUCCACUCCAUCGAUGUCAAGUUCAACGGUGCCCACAUCCCCGGCAGUCCCUUCAAGAUCCGCGUCGGGGAGCAGAGCCAGGCUGGGGACCCAGGCUUGGUGUCAGCGUAUGGUCCUGGGCUCGAGGGAGGCACUACAGGAGUGUCAUCCGAGUUCAUCGUCAACACCUUGAAUGCGGGCUCAGGGGCCUUAUCUGUCACCAUCGACGGCCCCUCCAAGGUGCAGCUAGACUGUCGGGAGUGUCCUGAGGGGCACGUGGUUACCUAUACUCCCAUGGCUCCUGGCAACUACCUCAUUGCCAUCAAGUAUGGUGGCCCCCAGCACAUUGUGGGCAGCCCCUUCAAGGCCAAAGUCACAGGUCCCCGGCUGUCAGGAGGCCACAGCCUUCACGAGACCUCCACGGUUCUGGUGGAGACUGUGACCAAGUCGUCCUCAAGCCGGGGCUCCAGCUACAGCUCCAUCCCCAAGUUCUCCUCGGAUGCCAGCAAGGUGGUGACGCGGGGCCCCGGGCUGUCCCAGGCCUUUGUGGGCCAGAAGAACUCCUUCACCGUGGACUGCAGCAAAGCAGGCACCAACAUGAUGAUGGUGGGCGUGCACGGGCCCAAGACCCCCUGUGAGGAGGUGUACGUGAAGCACGUGGGGAACCGGGUCUACAACGUCACCUACACCGUCAAGGAGAAAGGGGACUACAUCCUCAUUGUCAAGUGGGGCGACGAAAGUGUCCCCGGAAGCCCCUUCAAAGUCAACGUGCCCUGAAUCCCAGACGUGCCUCCCCCAGCCUCGGCCCCCACCUCCAGCCAAACACACUCACUCACCCACACACACACACACACAAAUGGGCCACACCCAGAUGCACACGCGCAGAAUCAGACACCACAACCACCUGCCCUGGGGCGAGGAAGGUGUGGCCCUGUCCCCCUUCCUGCCAGGUCCCUGGCUUGACGGGCCUCGUCUGUCUCAGGGCAGUGUCCCUUGCCUCAAAGGUGACAUGAGGAUGGACUGGGGGUUGGGGGGCCAGGGAAGCCCUGAGUUUUCUGGUGGGGCUGAGGCCAGUGGGGGAGCACAUGUUUGGGGGUAUCUGCGUGUGUGACACCCUCAAACUGCACUGCCGGCCCGGCCUCCUUGCCACUGAGGACUGCGCCCAGUCCCUCUGGUGGCACAAGCCCAGAGUGGUAAGGACUUGGAAAAGAAAGCACAGUCGGAGGGGAAAAUGGACCCGGGGGUGGCGGCAGCAGCAGCCUUGGCACCGGGCCUGGCCCUAGGUGACUGCGAUCCCAGCCAGGCUUCCUGGGGGACUGAUCUCUCUCUCUCCUUUUUUUUUUUUUUUAUGAUUGCACAGCUCUGCCCCACGGGGGGGCCUUUUUUACACACUGCGAGGCCCAGCUUUCUGGGGGGACUUUUGCACAUGUCAUGCGGCUCAGCUGGGAGCCGCUUAGGUGGAAAGCUCCAAAUAAAGUGCGGCCUGUCGCAGAGG